AUAUACGACUGCUGCAUUGACUAAAUAAACGCUGGGGCAUGUUAAUCUGAACUUAAUUUAGUGCCGCUCCGUUGGUUCAUUGGAAAGCCAGAGCUAGCGAGCUCCUAUCCCAUACCCCAGCGUUCGUCGUCGUGCAGUUCAUCAGUAAGCUGUAGGUUUCGGCGGCAUAGCGUGUAUUUUCGAAAACCAUCGCCAUCGCAGCUCUAGAUCUCAAACUUAAUGAGUCUCUCCGGUGGUUUGCCCUCAGCUGGUUCUGACGCGCCUACUAGUGUGAAAAAUUCGUCACCACAAAUAAUGUCAAUUAGUCUCGUUAGACAGAAUAUAAUGACAGUUGAGAAGUUACGCGAACGCGUACGUCAAGUGUUGAAAUGUGUUAUAAAUUUGCACAUAGAUAUUUUGGUCCUCGAAUCAAAUGUUAACCAAUUAAUCGACGAAGUUAAGGAAUUUAAUGCAGAUCUCUUAGAAGUCGAUAGAUUGGAUAAAUUAAUUUCAACAUUACGAGAUUAUAAUGGACCGACAAUAUGUCAUGAAUGGCCAUAUCCGUUAUUAACGAAUGCAAGUAUUGAUGAGGCUGACAUUGCACAAACUUCCCUCUCAUCAUCGAGAUUAAGUCUUCUUCAAACAUCGCCAUCAUCAGUCACUGAAGAUUUAAAAACAUAAUCAAUUUUAAUUUAAUUUAAUUUAAUUUGCCCAUAUACCUUACCUACCUAACUAAUAAAAAAAAUAUUGUCAAAGUAGAAUUAUAAAAAUAUAAACUAAACAAAA